UGACCGCGUCCCAAACGCCCGAACCAGUCACCCCUAGUCACGGCUCGGAGAGCAGCCCGCUACUGGUUUUGUUCGUGUUCUCCGUUCGGCCAAGCUUCCCUUAUCUGCCAUUUCUCCGUUCUCGAUCGCACGGACUUGCUUCUCUGCCGGCGCCGCCGUCGUCUACUUCUCCCUUCUCUCCCGCCUUUUCUCUCGGCGGCGCAAAAAGAAGAAGAGCCCGACUCCGUCUUGCUAAUGCUCUUCCAGAAUAUCUCUGCCCGCUCUUCUCCUUCGCCAGUAAUUUGUAGAGAUUGAGCUUCGGUGAGAGCUUUGAUGAGAGUUUGAAUCAAGCAGUUGAUGAAGAAGUGAAGAGUGUGGGAAGUGAAAGGGGGGCUUUUGACAAUGUUGGUGGGUGGUGGUUCUCGCAUUUCACACCACUUACGAGAGUGCAACCACCGGCACCAGUACUAUAGGGAUCCCCAGCAAGCACUUGCAGUCGGGUUGGGCUUUUGCAGCUCAAGGAUUGUUCAGCUCUCUUCCCUGAUAUUCAAACCUGAAUCCACCGCUGUAGUUGGAGGCCGCCAGUACCGUAGCACAGUGCAGCCAAGAAUCUUGUCAUUCUCAAGCCUCCGGUCGAAGUCACCUGGUGAAAUUCCCAUUUUAUCUGAUUGUUUCAGCGAUCGAGAAGAUGAUUGCAAGAACCUCUCUGAAGGAUUGUCCUCAGUUGCAGGAGGAAUAGUAGCACUUGGAAAGUUUGAAGCUCUUCACAUUGGUCACAGAGAACUUGCAAUUCAAGCAUCGAAGGUUGGAGUUCCAUAUCUACUAUCCUUUGUCGGGAUGGCUGAAGUACUUGGUUGGGAGCCUAGGCCACCAAUAGUUGCAAAGAGUGAUCGGCAUAGAGUCCUUUCGUCCUGGGCUCCACACUGUGGAAAUGUUGUUCCAGCAGAGUUCCAAAUGGAGUUCUCGAACGUCCGGCAUCUCACUCCCCGGCAGUUUGUUGAGAAGUUAUGCAAGGAGCUCGAGGUGUCCGGAGUAGUAGCAGGGGAGAACUAUCGUUUCGGAUACAAAGCUGCUGGUGACACAUCUGAACUUCUUCAGCUGUGCAAUGAACAUGGAAUCCAGGCUUACAUCAUAAAUUCAGUCAUGGACAAGCAUCGACGAGAUCCCUUGAAACUUGAUAUAAAUGACUCGAAAGAUAAAGGUCAAGUCUCUUCCACUCGAGUUCGCCAUGCUUUAGCUGCUGGUGACAUGGAUUACGUGACUGAGCUUUUAGGCCGCCGACAUCGGCUAAUGGUAACUGUUGAAGAACAGAAUUUGUGUGGAAUUGAUUCCAGCGGAUACAAGGUCUCUGUCCCAAAAUCUAGCCUGUUGAACCUCCCGCCCAAAGAUGGGACUUACGAGAAGUGCUCUCUUUUUCUUGACGAUGAACAUGAUGAUCUAGGGACACCUUGUAGAGUAACUAUUGACUCUACUACUGUCCAUUUAGAGGUAGAUUGCAGUAGUAGCCUUCGAGACGUUAAGCUUGUGGGCAUUGAGUUUGGCGAUUAAGAAAAUUGGUUCAGGCUCAAAUUUAUUGGCUGUUAUUUGACUUGAGAUACAAGUAGAUGUCUAAUUUAUUGUUGUUUUAUGCGUUGAAGGGUUGAAAGCGUUGCAGCCUUGUAGGUCGCCCCAAGAACUAAUUGGAGCAAUACUCUUUGAGAAAGAAUUUAUAAGUAUAGAGAACAAAAUUGUAGUAUACAUUUUUUUUUUUUGGGUAGAAUCGUAGAUUACAUUUCCGAUGCACAUUGCAACACAUUUCAGAUUACAUUUCCUAUAUACCGAACUAAAAAGAAGCUAGUGCAAAUUUCAACUAUCCUACAUAGUACGCAGCUCAAAAACAUUUGGUUAAGCUCUGCCAUAAUGUUAUACAAACUCGCAGGAAAACAACUCCAUUGUUGAGUAAGCUCUAAUUUCAGGAAUCCACAAAGUGCAGCACAUGAACAAAAAACCUGCAUAUGGGUCCUUCACUUCACAAACGGAACCCCAGAAGAUGUCCGUUUAGCAUAAUCAAGAUAAUUCGACCCGAAAAACCGCCUCAAGUAGUACUCCUCAUAUGGUAUCCUCUUCGAGAAGAAACGCCACACAACAGCAGCAAAUCCAACUGUCGAGACAGGAUUGCACAGCAUGACCUGAGUACCCACUGCCCAGAUCAAGAAAGCUGAAUAACUAGGGUGACGAACAAGGCCGUACACUCCAUGAGUAACCAGCUCGUGCUGCUCCUCAUGACGGGUCCUGAUGAGAUGAGUAAACGCUUGUCCAGCGGUUAUAAUGGCGAGCUUCCUUAUUAUCUCCCCAAUCAGAACCAUGACAAGGCCUAAAUUGCUGAUCCCCCAAUGUUCUUUCAGGUCGGGAAACAUCCAUAUUUCAAAUGCGUACUCCAAUACUGAGAAAGCCAUGGCGACUAGAUAGCCUCUGCUGAUGAGAAGUGAGCUCAGCGAAACCUUUGAUCUCCCAUGUAUGGAAACUGCUAGAAUGAAUUCUGAUGUGUGGAAGAAGAGAACGGCCAGAAACAUCCGAUACAGCUGCGUGCUCGCCGUCUGAGUGAAAAGGUCUGCCAUUUUGCUGAUAACGAUUGAGAAAACCUAUGUGGCUGAUGAACUUAAGGUAUUCCACCCAAGCUUUAUACUGUUGCUUGAGGAGUUUGGGUCCAGACCAGGAACAAAAGAACAAGCACACACCAUCAGAGUUCUCGAACGUCCGGUUUUGAUCAUCACCCAAAAGGGUUAAAGGCGCUUAACGUACAACAUCUGCAGAAGAGAAGCGAAGGCACUUCAGAUGAGCUAGCCCUAGAAAUGAAACUCAAAAGUAGUAACAAAUGAAAGCCAUAAACUUUUCUAGUAAUUCCCUGGCACAAUCCAAUUAUACCAUGCAAAUAUACUAAUUGAGAAAUUGGGUCACAUCUAAAUCUGCAACAAAGCGAAAUCAG